UUCCUCCCUCACGCGGCACGUCGCCCCGACGGACCCACCGAGGCGGGGUCGGUAACAUGGCAGACGAAGACGAGUCGGCAUCGGAACCAGCCGCCGUCUCUCCCCCGGAGAGCGCGCACGCCGGGCGGCCUCACUUUGUGUCUUUCUCUGAGAGCUUCCAGCCAGCCGUCGGGAUGGUGAGCCAGCUGCUUAGCCACCCGUCGUCCCUGAAGUUCGACAAGAACAUCAAACAGGCCUUUUACAACACGGGGGCCAUGAUCUUCGUGGGCAUCUGCUGCGGCGCAGCGGUGCUGGUCUACUUCAUCCUGGAGGCCUUCCUCCGCCCGCUGCUCUGGGCUGUGCUCUGCGGCACCUUCCUCCACCCCUUCAAACACUCCCUGGCCCGGCUCGGCCGCUCCUGGCUCAGCGGCCUGCAGGACAGCGGGACCCCCGUAGUGCUGGGCACCCUGCUGGUCCCAGUGUGGUGCGUGAACUACGGGGUGGAGGCGAUGGGCCGGCUGGUGCUGGAGAGGCUCACGGUGCUGCUGGUGAUCGGAGCCGGGGCGCCGCUGCUCUACUUCCUCUACCUUUUCUGGAGCGUCAUCGGGAUGCAGGUGAUCCUCGGGCACGUGUGUGGGAUCAUCGGGGCCGCGCUGGACUGCUUCCACACAGUGUGGGUGUGCACUGUGGUGCUCGGCUAUUUGUCCACGGUUUGCUUCAAGUGGAGUCCUCGGACCGAGCACUACCUGAGGGUUCUGGCUCUUCCUGUCUGGGCCAUCCUGCUCUUCUACAUUGUGUCUCUGACCGGCUCGUGGAGAGUGCCCAUGUUUGUGAUGGUGGUCGUCCUGCUCAUCGUGGGCUCCCAAGAGAAACCACCUGUCCCUGGCAGAGGUGAGCUGUCGGGCCAGGUGUUGUCAUUUGCUGCUAACACCUUUUACAUGGCGAUCUCCUGUAGCAACCUUCAACCGAAAACUGAGCCCGGUGAAAACUCGGUCACAGAAGGUGUGCAAUCUGUGGCCCCCCAGCCCGGCACCCCGGGGCCCCCUCGGGGCCCUCGCUCAUUACCAACUGGCCUCUUCCAAAGAGAGAGAAGCUCCCACAAAGCCAGUGAUAUCUACUUCAUUCUACUGGGCUGGGCCAUAGUUCUGGUUCAGGUCUGGCUCAACCUCUGGAUCCUAAAACUGCUGCCUAUCCCUUUGGCUGUGUGGGUGCUGAAGAAGCUGGUCGUCCACUUCGGCCUCAAGAGCUUUGCAGAGCGGACUCUGUCCUCGUGGUGGAAGGUGGUGGAGAAGUUCGGACGUGAGCGAGAGGAGGCCCUGCUGCCGGGACCAGUCAAAGGCCUCGCCCAGUUCCUGCUCCGCAUUGACACCAAGCUCUGGCAUUGGCUUAACAAGCAGAUGAUCGUGGGCCUGGAGCGGUCUCUGGAUAAAAUCAUCAGCAUCUUCAUCAUCUUCAUCCUCGUCACAGGGACGCUGCUCAUGGCUCUCCUGCUUACGGCUAUGGUUCAUCAUGAGAGCGUUCACAUCAUCGACGUCACCGGGAACCUCAUCAACGAGACUGUUUCCAACCAUCCAGAAUGGGCCAAUUGGCUUCCAGAGGCCCGUGUGGUCCACAAGGCUCUGAAUUCAGCUGCUACUAACGUGCAUCAACACGGGAGAGAGUGGAUAACACAGAAGCUUCACAAGAUGUUGGGAGACAAAGUGAACCACACGGCGGUGAUCGAGAAACAGGUGUUGGAGCUUUGGGACCGAUUGUACCACUCCUGGUUUGUGAAGAACGCGACCCAGUCCGGACGCCCCCGAGGUAAUAAGAUGAUCCACAGGCAGAACAGCUGGUUAAUGGAGAUGCUGGACUGGAAGGACGUCGCCUCGUUCCUGCAGGAAAACAUUGAGACUCUGCUGUCGAUCCUGGAGUCUCUGUGGGUGGUGAUGAGCAGGAACGUCGGUCUCCUCAUCUCCACCACCACCACCCUCUUCACCGUCUUGUUCCACAGCGGCACGGCUCUGCUCAACUUUGCCCUGAGUCUGGUGAUCUUCCUCACCACUCUCUUCUACCUGCUGAGCUCCAGUGGUGAAUAUUACAAACCAGUCAAAUGGGUGAUCAGCCUGACCCCUCUCUCCCAGCCCGGACCCUCCCCGAAUAUCAUUGGCCAGUCUGUGGAAGAGGCCAUCAGAGGAGUGUUUGAUGCCUCCCUGAAAAUGGCCGGCUUCUACGGCCUCUACACUUGGCUCACUCACACCAUCUUUGGCAUCAACAUAGUCUUUAUUCCUUCUGCUCUGGCCGCCACCCUGGGUGCGAUGCCGUUCCUGGGGACGUACUGGGCAGCGGUGCCGGCGGUGUGCGACCUGUGGCUGGUGCAGGGCGAAGGCGUCAAGGCCGUGCUGAUGCUGAUCUGCCAUCUGCUCCCCACAUAUUUUGUAGACACAGCAAUCUACUCUGAUAUCUCCGGGGGUGGACAUCCGUAUCUGACAGGUCUGGCGGUGGCAGGUGGGGCGUACUAUCUGGGUCUGGAGGGCGCCAUCAUCGGGCCCAUCCUCCUCUGCAUCCUGGUGGUGGCCGCCAACAUCUACAGCGCCAUGUUGAUGAGCCCCAGCUCUGCGGUGACCACGCCCCUGCAGGGGUCCUGGCCUCUGCACCCCCUCAGGACGUUCAAUGAGUCCACGCCAUCCAUCCUGAAGGUGAACCGUGAGUGACAGUAAGAAGGCGUGUCCCUGCGGAAUGCUCCCGAUUGGCUGAUUCCUCUGGGGGAAGUGCUGCCCCACCCUGAAGCUCUUCCCUAAGCUGCCCGGCUCUACAGGCGUCAGCCCCGAAAAGAAGGGAUGGCGGUGUAAUGGUUGAUCUCCCAUGAUGCCGUCUGCUAAUCAGACCAGUCUCUGUGUGAGCCGCUCUCAUUUAAAACCCUUAAAUAACUAAUGUGAGCGAACGCCUGAUCCCAAACAUGGAGCGACGAAUGGUGGAGGUGACGUUGAUGCAAAUCACUUCAUCUUCAGGACUUUGUGCCUAAAUUGAUUUUCUAAUAUUGAGAAAUGGCGUAAGGUUUCAUGUAGUUAAUGAAUUGAAGAGGAUCUAUUUUAUCUACGAGGCCCCUGAUUCCACCGCGUGUGGCCGGUUCUGUUUGAAGCUGCAGAACCAGCGCAGCUCGGCCGUGCAGCUUCUGUUCUCCCUACCUCUGUCCUCAUGGAGGUUCAAGGAGAGUUUGUAGGGAAGGCGGGUUAUGAACCCUUCUCACCACGGCGACCUCACCCCUCGCUCCAGAGAACGAGUGGAUGAGCGUUCGAUGUCUUAGUGGAAGAAGCUGUGAUUCUGCAACACUCACUCAAACUCUGCUUUAACCAACACUCCUGGACCAGGCUUUGUUACACUGUUAAAAGUAUCUGGACGGUUAAAACAUCGUACAGGUUACGUGAUGUUCCUCUAACGGUUACAGGUUUACACUGAAGACGUUUUCCUCAGCGGUUCAAGUUAGACGACCCAAGUUCAGUAAUUUAUUCCAAGCUUUUUAUAGACUGAGUGCACAUAUACAUCGGAGUAUUAGGACCAUGUUAAAGAAAUCAUGUACUUUUUUGAGAAUACAUUAAUAUAUUUUACCACAAUAAUUUCAUAGAAUUUUAUGAAAAAAGUAGUAAUUUAAUGAAAAUAAAGAAUGGGAAUCUUUUUAGGAAAUAAGCAGUUUCAAUUCCUCUGGAUCCAAAAUCUUAAAAUAAUUUGAAAAGUGAAACUAUGAAGCAUCUUUUGAGUGUCUCGCAGAUUAAUCCAAUGAUAAACACUCAGUUGACCAAACAUUUCCUCCUUAAUAAAUAACAACUUUAUUCUCGUAAAAUUGAGACUUUAUUCCUGGAAACAUAUCAACUUUAUUCUGGAAAUAAUAAUAUAGAAUCAUGUUUAUACUUUGAAGACGUUGAUGUUUGAGGGUUUUUCUUCAGCACUUUUUAAGGUUUGCUAUGACUGUGACUUCUAUCCCCGAAAACAGGAAGCAAAAGAUGUGAAUAAAUAACAAAUUAAACAAUAAAAGAAAAGUAAAUUAAAUAAAGUUGAAAAUAAUUAGCAGGUUAAAACAAUCAUGAUAACACCUAAUCAGGUAAAACAUCUAUUAGAUUUAUUUGAAAACAACUUAAUUCCCGUAAAAUUGCGACUAUAUUCCCGGAAACAUUUCAAGUUUAUCCUGAAAAUCUCUGUUUUUGUUUCAACGUGUUCCCAACACUUUCUCACACACUACACGGGAACAAACUACCAUUUUCCACACACUCAGCUGAUCAGUCAGUAUAGAAUCAUGUUUACACUUUGAGGACGUUGAUGUUUGAGAGUUUUCUUCAGCACUUUUUAAGGUUUGCUAUGACUGUGACUUCUAUCCCCAUCACAUGAUUUCAUCAGUAGUUCAAACCCCCCACACCUCCCAUCCCUCAGAAAGGGUUAGUCAGUCAUUUCUCCUCUCCUCCUCUCCUCCUCCACCUCACACCUCACCUGUAGUCAGAGGUCGGAUGUGAGCGGAGAGCGUGACGUAGUUUACAUCACUUGAAGCUUUAUUAAACGAAUGUAAUGUGACACAUGGAUCAUGGCUGCUGUGUUAUUUAACCGACAGGGGGGGGGUGAUGUGGUUCUAUCAACGGUUUCAUACUGUGGGUUAAUUUGGUGCCGUUGCUGUGAUUUAUAAUUACUGGAUAUGCACUGACCCAAUAAACACUUUCAACUUA